ACACAACAUACAUUGGAAAUACGAAAUUUACGAACAAUUGGCCAAGAAAACAGAACUACCGAGCGAUAAAACGUGUCCUGCCGGAACUGUAUCGUAUUUACAAGGAUACUCGUUCCCUCAUCCUAAAGCACUAGGGAUAGUAGUAACGCAUUCGCGACAGAAAAAUGGUGUUCGUAAAGUCGUGGGAAGAUUUUGAGAUUGCGGCGGAAAACAUGUACAUGGCGAAUCCGUGCCAGUGUCGGUUUACGAUGAAGUAUACGCAUCAACGAGGUGCUGUUUUGUUGAAGCUUACCGACAAUGCCAAGUGCAUACAGUACAAAACAGAGGUCCUGUCGGAACUGCGACGAAUCGAAAAGUUCUCCGGCAAUCUGAUACAUAUGAUGGCAUCGAAGGAAUAAGAACGGAGUUAAUAGAGGCCGAAUACGACACAUGAGCAAAAGGUGAAAGAUGCUAGGCGAGGGAGUUUAAAUAAAAAAUCAACCGUAUUGUU